UGUCAAAAGGGAAAUAAAUAAUUAAUCCCAAAAAGGUUUUAAAGUAAAACAAGUAUAGUAUAAAAAUGGGGACCGAUUUUAGACGAGAAUGGAUAAAAAACCGCAUUACUACAUUCUUCGGAUUACCUUCUUCUGAAUAUUUUGAAGAAAUGAUGACCAAUAAGGAGGAACUGGAAGACAAAUUUUACUCUUUUUUGGAUGAUACUGUGGAUACUAAUGAAAGAAAGGCAUUUUUCUUUCUGUAUAAGACUUCAUAUGAGAAAUUAGUCGACGAAGAAAUAUUAGUUCCACAGAAAGUCAUAAAAGAAGCUUUACCAGAACUACCACCUGAACCAAAAAAGAAAGGGAAAAAGGGGAAAGGGAAAGAAAAGAAAAAGAAGAAAGGUAAAGGAAAAAGCGAGAGAGCCACUCCAGUUUCUGAUGAUGAAACUGAAGGAGGUAUUCCAACAUCUGAGAACUUAGCAGGACAAACAGAAAUAGAAAACGCAGAUACAAAAAUAAUUUCUGAAGACAGACAAGAUACUGUAGAUACAUCGUUAACGAUUAGUGGAUCUGAGCCUCCUUUAACAGAAACAGAGGCUUCUACUUUACAAACACCAGAGAUAACAGAUGCAGAGACUACUGACGUUGAAGAUAUACCAACCGAUAUCGAAGAUGGAAAAAAGAAGAAAAAGAAAAAGAAAGAUAAAGGCAAAAAGCAAAAGAAAAAGAAAAAAGAUGGUACACCUCAGAUUGAGGCUGAAGAAGAUGAAUACAUCAUGGUUCCGCAAAUAAUACAAAAAACAAUAGUAGAUUACAUACUUCACGGCGAGUUCAUGAACACUGGAGAGAAGAUGUUCGAAAGUGACAGCUAUCGAAUAAUAUAUUUUUACAGAAAAACAGACGGCGGAAUUCCACGCUUCAAGCAAGCUUCAGAUGCUGAUAUAGAGAUGCCAUAUUAUUUCUUGAUUGGUUCCAGCACAGGGAAUUUCUUACAUUCAGUUACUCACUUGUGCAGCCAGAUGUUCACACCCUUAAUAAAAGGUUGCUUCGAGGAGCCAGCACUGAAAGCUCCUGGAAAGGACAAUGGAAAUGAAGAUAGAGGUACUCGGGUUUCAUCAGAUUUUAGGCGGCCUUCUGAUUAUCGCAGGAUAUCAAUGUACGUAAGUAAAGUACAACGAACUCACGAUGAUAACGAGUUCGAAAUACCCGACGAUCGACAAGAUGGUAGUCUUUCUACACCCAUCAAGGAUGAACUGUUUAGAGAAGUUUCGACUAUUGUGCAAUCUUUCGAAUGGGUUGCGGAACAUGUUGAGGAUGAACUGGAUUUACCAAUGGUUGAUUUAAGUGAUAUCAUUCACACAGAUUUCACCGAUGAGGAAUUGUCCACAAUGCCCAAUAUUAUUGCUUUAUUAGAGGAUGCAGUCGAAGGUUGGGAGCGACAUAUCUUGAAAGUUCUAGAAACAUAUUUAGUUAAGACUCCUGUGGGAAAAGGACCCUUACCAGAAUAUGAAUAUUGGCAUGAUCGAGAAGCAGCGCUAAGUUCUAUAGUGGAGCAGUUAAAAAAACCUCUUUUAGUGAGAAUUUGUAAUAUUCUCGAAAGAGCGAAAUCCCCAGCAAUCGAUAGUUUCCUCCAGUAUCAAAUAAACCUAAAGCGACAUUAUAGUACUGCUAAAGAUAACUUUAAAUUCCUGUCCACUAUUUUCAGAUUUCUUAAGCUGCUAACUCAUAGUAACGACUUUCAAAAAGUCACAGAAUCAAUACCUCAUUUAAUGGAAGGUCUUCAACUUAUCUGGGUGCUAUCUGGAUACUAUAAUACUGAUGAAGUUAUGGUUCCCUUUAUGGAGAGAAUAGUAUGGUGUCUAUUAGAAAAGGUCAGAAAUUCGUUAAACAAUGAAAUGUUAUUCAGACAUCCCAUUGAUAUGGUAAGAAAGUUAACCAAUGAUGCCAGGGAAAUGUUAGAAAUGUGGCAAACCGCCUAUUUAAAAACGAGGCAGAAAAUUGAAGACUCAGGAAAAGGGCAACGUUGGGAAUUUGAUAAGAAGAAACUUUUCGCCGCAUCUAAUUAUAUGGCUCGUGUUUGUAGAGACCUGAAUGAAGUGGCUACGAUUAUCUAUCAGUUCAAAAAUAUUUUUGGACCUGAGCUGAGAUCGAUUGUGAGCGACCCACAGAGUAUUGACAAUGUUGCUAAACGAGUUGAUAAACUGGUCGUCCAGAUCGAGAAUACUGACUUUGAUAUUUUCGAUUUAAAUAGCAGUGAAAAUUGGGAAGCUAUCAUGGGACAUUUUUAUAAAGAGGUACGUCAACUGGAACUAGAAGGCGUCAGCUUUAUUGACCAAAGCUUUAAAAUGAUAAGAUCCUCAGAAGGGGCUGUGGAUAUGCUGUUAAAAUUUAAAUAUAUUGAAACACGAGAUGUUAUCAUGAAAAAAUUGAUGUCAAAAUUUGAUGUCAUUUUAGAUCAGUAUAUUAAGGAAAUCCUAACUGUCGACGAUAAUUUUACUAGAUAUAAAAGACAUCCUAUAGAGUAUAAGAAUUUACCAUCUAGAGGAAGUGCAAUUUAUUGGGCACGGCUUCUAUACUAUAAACUUAAGAGACCAAUAUUAAAGUUUCAAAAGGUUCCAGAAAUAGUUAAUUCUUCUAUGAAAGCCAGCACCUUCAAUCAAUAUUUGAAAUUUGCAAAAGAACUGAAAGCCUACGAACAGACAAAAUUUGAUGAUUGGGUUCAAAAAUUCAGUGUUACCAUGGUAAAAGCACUACAAAUGGAUAUCGUAAAAGUAGUAAGUGCAAAUAAGAAAAGUACAUUUUAUAAAUCACCAAAAGCUAGUGGCCAUCCAGCAGGCGUAGGAAAGUCAAGUGCUAGGAGUAGUUUAACCAAAGUUUCAGUAGCCAAAGGAUCUUCAGGUCGAAGAGAUUCCAGUAAAUGCAGCACCCGCUCUGUUCAAAAUGUUUUGGAACGAAUUAACUCUCAGAGGAAUUUAACAUGGCAUGAAAUUAUGGGUUCUUAUAUUUUAGCUGAUUUAGGUCUUCAAUUUGAAAUAAAUUUUGAUGAUGAAUUAUGGGCUUGUUUCAAGAGCGUGGAACUAUUGGAAACAAUGAAAUUUAUGCUUCCGGAAAAUGUUAGAAUGAUAGCUAUAAAGAAAGAAAAAACUCAAAUUAAUGUCAAUGCAGUAACGUUAAUGAUUAACAAUUACAAUUCAAUUUUAUACAAAUUGACCAACGCUCAGAUGCAUCUUUUAAAAGAAAAAAUGCGAGAAAUAGAAUUGAAUAUUCAACCAGGCUUAAUGAGAAUAAAAUGGUCUUCGUUGGGAAUUACUGAGUAUGCUAAUGCUAACUUGAUUCUAAUAAAUAAUUUAAAAACUCUAGUUUUACAAGUAAAACAUGUGGAAAAUGACUUAUUGAAGAGAAUAAAGCAGUUAUCCAAAAUGAAUUUAUUUGAUUUUGACCAGUUACCAGAGGAACUGGAUCGUCCGUUUUGUAAAGACUUCUUUACUUCCAUGUAUGAUAAACGUACAGAAACAAUGUCAAAAUUAAUGAACACAUAUGAUUCGUUUACACCCAUUCUGAUAAAACUCGAAACCAUGGUGUUAAAUACAAAUACUGGACGUUCACCGGUCAUGGAACCAUAUUAUAGUUAUUGGGAAGAGAAGUUGUACAAAUGUUUGAUAUCCAUGACGAUAAGAAAUCUGGAUAGUUUUAACGUAAAAUUAGAAACCAAGGAGCCUAUAUUCCAAGUAGAAGCAGUAGUGGUAACACCAGAAAUUUUACUUAGACCUACAGCGACAGAAAUUUACAAUAUUUUAAUAAAGAAUUCCAAAGAUUUUAUGGAGAGGUUAAGGUUAAUUCCUCGAUGGCAGAACAAGUCAUGCAUUAAUUGCGAGCCAAUUAAAGUGUCACAAACUGAAGAGUUCUUGUACAGUUUUUACGACGAGAUCAUUAGGGUACCUGAUGUGAGCGAAUCGAUCUCAAAACAAGCUGAUUCCGCGCAUAAGGUGAUUUUGGGGAUUAACAAACAAUUACAGAAAUGGAAGAGAUACAGAAAUCUAUGGUCUCACGACAAAACUUCAACUUGUGAAAGGCUCGUUCAAACCACAACUAGUAUUUCAGUGUUUGAUGAAAAGUUCAUGUUUUACUUAGACAUUAUAAGAAAUGUCAACAACUUUAAUCCAUUGAUUAAUAUUGAUAGUAUACAGUUAAAUCUGAGGCCUCUGAUGGACACUAUCGUUAAGCAUUGCUUGGAGUGGAAGACAAUUUUGGGGAGAUUGAUAUAUGAAGAUAAUUUUACAAAAAUGAUAGCAAUGCGAGAAAAAAUAAACCAAUUAAAAAUUUUGGUUCGACUGAAUAUAAAGGGGCUAGAGAAAUUCAAGAAUGUCCUUCAAGCUAUUGCAACUGUCUCAAGAGAAAAUAUAUCUGCAGAACUAGCCUUUUAUAAUUUUCAAGAAACGUACAGGAUGUUAAAUCAACACGAAAUCGAGUAUCCUCCAGAACACGAAGAACUUGCGUAUCUUCUUGAAAAAGAGUGGAAAGAACUACUGCUUUCUGCCAUUUAUAGGGAACAAACUCUGGAAUCCACAAAAGAACGAUUUGCAUUGCUAACUCAGACGCAUAUUAAUGAAUUUUUAGAAGUGAUUGAAAAGUUUUUGAUAAAAUACGAAGCAGAAGGGCCCGGAUCUGUAGGAGAAGAUUUGAAUUUAGGUGUUAAACUAAUGGAUGAAUACCGAAGUCAAUUUGAAGAUUUAGAAACACGAAGAAUAGAUUUAAUGAACGCUGAAAUGUUAUUCGACAUCCCCCUUGCGGAUUACUCGAACUACCUGGCUGCAAAGGCUGAGUUUGAUGGGAUGGAAGUACUAUAUAAAUUAUUUAAAUCGCUUAAACAUGCUAGAGAGAUGUGGGGUAAAACUCUUUGGGCCAAUUUAAAUCCACAAGCUUUAGUAGACGGUAUUGACGGAUUUUUGAAAACAUUUAGAAAGUUGCCAAAAGAAAUGAGAAUUCUAGACGUUGGUGUGACUCUAGAAAAUCAAAUGAAACUGUUCAGAAACGCAGUUCCGCUAAUGGUGGCUUUAAAAAAUGAAGCAUUGAGAGACAGACAUUGGAAGUUACUGAUGGAGAAAACUGGAAUUGAAUUUGAUAUGGCGCCUGAUCGAUUUACCUUGGAUAAUAUGUUCGCCAUGGAACUACAUCGAUAUCAAGAAAUCGCUGAAGAAAUAAUUAGCAAUGCUAUUAAAGAACUAAAUAUAGAAAAAGGAGUUCGAGAUAUCGCAGAAACUUGGACAAAUAUAGUGUUUACUAUAUACAAACAUGUUAAGGGUACCGAAGAUAGAGGUUAUAUUAUCGGUUCAACUGAUGAAAUUAUACAAGUAUUGGAAGAUAAUUCCAUAAAUUUACAAAGCAUGGCAGGAUCACAAUUCGUUGGACCAUUUUUGCCUCAAGUUCAACAAUGGGAGAAGGCCCUUGCAAAUAUCGGGGAAGUGAUCGAUGAAUGGCUCGCUGUGCAAAGAAAGUGGUUGUAUUUAGAAGGAAUAUUCGUAGGUGGAGAUAUACGAGUGCAGUUACCAGAGGAAACAAAACAUUUUGAUAACAUAGAUAAAUCUUUUAGAAAGAUUAUGUUAGAAACAGCCAAAAAGCCGAAUGUUUUAGAUCAAUGUAACUCUCAAGGAAGACUGAACGAGUUAUUAAGUUUAAGCGAUGGAUUGGACCGUUGUCAAAAAUCUCUAAACGAAUAUCUGGAUUCUAAAAGAAGAAGGUUCCCUAGAUUCUAUUUCAUUUCCACGGAAGAACUGUUAUCUAUAUUGGGUGGCAGUGAUCAUACAUGUGUACAAGAUCACAUGAUAAAGAUGUUUGAUAACAUAAAAUCUCUAAGGUUUUCUACUGAUAGCAACGAUAGAAUAAUAGCAAUUGCUAUGAUAUCAUCUGAAGGUGAAGUUCUUGACUUUCGAAAUCCAGUUUCUAUUGAGGGAAAAGUGGAAGAAUGGAUGAAUGCUAUUUUAAAAGAAAUGCGUAUGUCCGUCAGAUUUAUUACUAAAAGUGCCAUAUUUUACUACGGAAAAAUCAGAAGACCCAGAACGAAAUGGAUGUUUGAAUAUCAGGGAAUGAUAACUCUUGCUGGUAGUCAAGUAUGGUGGACAGCAGAAGUUGAAAAUGUAUUUACAAAAAUUGCGAAAGGAAAUAAAAGGGCUAUGAAAGAAUACUUAUUUCAAUUAAACAAACAACUGGAAGAAAUUGUGAUUACUGUCAGAGCGGAACUCUCACCAAAUGAUAGAGCCAAGUUUAGAACUAUUGCAAUUAUAGAAGUACACUCCAGAGAUAUAGUGGAAGGAUUUGUUAGAGACAGUGUAACGGAUAUUACAGAAUUUGAGUGGGAAAGUCAACUAAGAUUCUACUGGGUCAACCAACUGGAUAAUCUCUGGGUAACUCAAUGUUCAGGUUCAUUUGAAUAUGGAUAUGAAUAUAUGGGCUUAAACGGACGACUAGUCAUCACUCCUUUAACAGAUAGAAUUUAUCUCACACUUACUCAGGCUCUGUUAAUGCAUAUGGGUGGUGCUCCUGCGGGUCCGGCAGGCACAGGUAAAACCGAAACCACUAAAGACUUAGCUAAAGCCAUUGCGUUAUUGUGCAUUGUCACUAACUGUGGAGAAGGAAUGGAUUUCAAAGCAAUCGGGACCACAUUAGCUGGACUUGCGCAAUGUGGAGCUUGGGGAUGUUUUGAUGAAUUUAACAGGAUCGACAUAUCGGUACUUUCUGUAAUUUCUACUCAAUUGCAAACAAUUCGAAGUGCCUUGAUGAUGAAGCUGGAAAGAUUUACUUUCGAGGGAGUUGAGAUUUCACUAGACUCAAAAGUUGGUGUUUUUAUUACUAUGAAUCCUGGCUACGCAGGCCGUACAGAAUUGCCAGAAUCAGUUAAGGCUUUGUUCAGACCAGUAGUGUGCAUUGUUCCUGAUUUAGAAAUGAUAUGCAUGAUUUCCCUCUUUUCUGAUGGCUUUUUGGAAUCUAAGGUAUUGGCGAAAAAGAUGACUGUACUAUACAAAUUAGCACAGGAACAGUUAUCCAAACAGUUCCAUUAUGAUUGGGGUUUGAGGGCCCUAAAUGCGGUCUUGCGUAUGGCAGGAGUUUUGAAACGAGCAUCUCCAGAUAUUAAAGAGGCACUUGUACUGAUGAGAGCUCUAAGAGAUAUGAAUCACCCAAAGUUUGUAUUCGAAGAUGUUCCUUUAUUUUUGGGACUCAUCAAGGAUCUUUUUCCUGGAAUGGAUUGUCCUCGAGUUGGGUAUCCAGACUUUAAUGCUGCGGUGGAACACGUAUUGGAACAUGAUGGAUAUAUUAUACUGCCUUAUCAAAUAGAUAAAGUAGUGCAGUUGUAUGAAACUAUGAUGACCAGACACUCGACCAUGGUAAUAGGACCUACAGGAGGAGGCAAAACAGUUGUAAUUCAAGCUCUCGCAAAAGCUCAGACACAUUUAGGUUUGAUUACUAAGCUACGUGUUUUAAAUCCAAAAGCUUGUUCUGUGAUAGAACUUUACGGAAUUUUAGAUCCAACCACACGAGAUUGGACAGAUGGGUUAUUAUCUAAUAUUUUUAGAGAAAUAAAUAAGCCAACUGACAAAGAGGAACGACGAUACAUUGUAUUUGAUGGAGAUGUAGACGCCCUUUGGAUUGAAAACAUGAACUCUGUGAUGGAUGAUAAUAAACUUUUAACUUUAGCGAAUGGCGAACGUAUUCGUCUUCAAACUCCAAUAUGUGCGCUUUUAUUUGAAAUGGGAGAUUUGCAGUACGCUUCUCCUGCCACUGUAUCCAGAGCUGGUAUGGUCUAUGUGGAUCCAAAAAAUGUGGGAUAUCAACCGUAUUGGGAUAAAUGGGUGAAAUCUCGAACGUGGGAGGCGGAAAGGGAGGCUAUGCUAGAAUUGUAUGAGAAGUUUAUACCGGAGUUGUUGGCAUACAUAUUGGAAGGUGUCUUAGGUACUAGACAGGUUGACCCUUUAAAGACGGUGAUUCCACAGACAGGUUUAAACAUGAUAACACAAAUGUGCUGUAUGAUAGAUUCAAUAUAUCCACAAAAAGCAGAUGUAAAUGCAGAUCAAAAUGCAGAAGUCGAUAUGGAUCUUCUUCAAGCUAUUUUUGUGACUUGCAUCUAUAACUCUGCAGGAGCCGCUUUAGUAGAUAGCUGCCGGAAGGAUUUUGAUGAUUACAUGAAAUCUAAAAUUUCAUUUUUGAUAACAGAAGACAAUCCUGAACAACCGUGUGACCUAAGGCACACUCCUACUGCUUUUCCCACCUACUACGACUACUUUUUGGACAUAAACAAGCGUUGCUGGGUCGCUUGGGAAUGGCUAGUGCCCCCAUAUAUACAUGAUCGAACGAAGAGGUAUUCUGAAAUAUUAGUACCCACUAUUGAUACGGUUCGAACAACUUAUAUUUUGGGGUUAAUGAAUAAGAUCAGAAAACCUAUUGUACUGAUUGGAGAAACGGGAACAUCGAAAACGGCGAUUAUUCAGGAUUUUUUAAGAAACCUCGACCAAGAUAUUUUUAUUCUGCUCAAUAUUAACUUUUCAUCAAGGACUUCGUCCAUGGAUGUCCAGAUGAAUCUGGAAUCGUCAGUUGAAAAACGAACCAAAGAAAUUUAUGGACCACCGAUGGGUAAAAAGCUUAUUUGCUUUAUAGACGACAUGAAUAUGCCCCAAGUUGAUGACUAUGGUACACAACAGCCAAUAGCGUUGCUCAAGUUGUUAUUCGAGAAAGGAGGAUUCUAUGACAGAGGUAAAGAUCUCAAUUGGAAAAUCUUAAAAGAUAUAUCCUAUUUCGCUGCAAUGGGUAUAGCAGGUGGUGGAAGAAAUGAAGUAGAUCCAAGAUUCAUAUCGAUGUUUAUCGUUAUAAACUUAGUGUUUCCCACAACGUCAACACUCCAUCAUAUAUAUACCAGUAUUCUGAAUGGUCAUCUGUCAACUUUUGAUGAGGAGGUCCAGAUAGCUCCUCUAUUGAUGACCAUUACAUUAAAUCUUUAUAAUGUUUGCAUUAACCAACUACCACCAACCCCAAGUAAAUUUCAUUACAUUUUCAACAUGAGGGAUCUGUCAAGAAUUACUGCAGGUAUUUGCUUGAGUGUUCCAAAUCUUUAUACAAAACAGGCAUACAUUGUCCGCUUAUGGAGAAAUGAGUUUUUAAGAGUAAUAUGUGACAGAUUGAUAAACCAAGAAGACCAAAACUUAAUGACGAAGCACGUUUUGAUGGAAUUAGAAAAUGCCUUUCCCAAAAAGGAAGAUAAAGCAAAGGAGUUGCUAAAACAAAUCGACGACGAUGACUUUGUAUUUGAGCCGAUUCAAGAACAACAAGAGGAUGAGGAGGAAAAAAUAGAUAUUGUAGAAUAUGCAAUGCGAGAUCCGAUUUUGUUCGGAGACUUUCGCAAUGCAACUAACGAAGCCGAACCCCGAUUCUAUGAAGAUUUGCUCGAUUAUGAAGCCGUAUACUCCCUCUUUCAAGAACUCAUUGAAUUAUACAAUGAAAAGAAAGAAAAAAUGAAUAUUAUUCUUUUUAACGAUGCUCUGGAACAUCUAACCAGAAUAUACAGAGGAUUGCGGCUGGAAAGGGGUCACAUGAUGUUGGUUGGCGUAGGAGGAUCUGGCAAACGAAGUUUUACCAGUCUAGCAGCUUUUACUGCUGGAUGUGAGGUUUUCGAAAUAACGCUUUCUAGAGGAUACAAUGAAACUUCCUUUAAAGAAGACCUGAAAAAACUAUAUACGCAACUAGGCCCAGACGAUAUACCAUCCUGCUUCUUUUUUACAGCUGAUCAGAUUAUCGAAGAAGGUUUUCUAGAGUUUAUAAAUAACAUUCUUAUGAUCGGAUAUGUCCCCUCUUUAUUUGCAGAAGAUGAAAAAGAUCAAAUUAUAAAUUCUUGCAGAAAUGCAGCUAGCAAAGCGGGAUAUGGUGUAGCUAAAGACUCUGUCUGGCAAUAUUUUCUGCAUACUUGUCAGGAUAACUUACACGUGGUUUUAUCAAUGUCCUCUGCUGGAGAUCUUCUAAGCAAACGAUGUCGCAACUUUCCAGGAUUAGUCAAUAAUACUACUAUUGAUUGGAUGUAUCCAUGGCCUUUACAGGCCUUAGUUGCCGUUGCCUCAGCUUUCUUAAAGGAAAACCCAUUGUUACCUGAACAAUAUCGUGAUAAUAUUAUUGAACAUGUAGUACACGUGCAUAGUUCUGUUACUGUCAAAUAUACUUCAGAUUACUUAUUGAAAAUGAGAAGAAAGAAUUAUGUCACGCCGAAACAUUAUUUAGACUUCAUUAAUACCUAUUUGAGGUUACUGGAUGAGAAAGGCAACUAUAUAAAUUCUCAAUGUGAACGUUUGAAAAGUGGUUUAAAGAAAAUUGAAGAAGCGACUGUGGAACUUGAUGUAUUAAACAAGCAAUUGGCCAAACAAAAAAUUCGCGUUGCCCAAGCGACAGCAGAAUGUGAAGCUAUGUUGACAGAAAUAAACGCAAAUACCCAAGAAGCUACCGGCAAGAAAAACGUCGCCUCACUCAAAAGUCAGGAAAUUGAAGAACAAGCUAAAAUAAUCGCAAGCGAACAAGUUGAGGCUGAAGAAGCUUUAGCUGAAGCUCUUCCUGCAUUAGAAAUAGCUAGACUAGCAUUAUCAGACUUAGAUAAAUCUGAUAUUACUGAGAUUAGGUCAUUCGCAACACCGCCCGAGCCCGUUCAAACAAUUUGCGAAUGUAUUUUGAUACUCAGAGGUUAUAAGGAAAUCAACUGGAAAGCCGCAAAAGGAAUGAUGGCUGAUAGCAAUUUUUUGCGAACUCUACAAGAAAUGAACGUCGAUGCCAUCACACAAAGUCAACAAAAGGCCGUCAAAGCGCAUAUGAAAAAUUCCAAAAAAUUAGGCGAAAUGCAGAAUAUCAGUAAAGCAGGUUAUGGCCUAUUGAAAUUUGUGCAGGCUGUACUAGGAUAUUGCGAAGUCUUUAAGGAAGUGAAACCAAAAAUGGAAAGAGUAGAGCAACUUCAAGCAGAUUAUCAAGCAGCUAAGAACUUUUUAGAUAAAUUAAAUAGAGAGAUUCAGAAACUAGAGGACAAAUUAAACCAACUAAACGAGAGGUAUGCUGCGGCAAUGAAAAGGAGAAUCGAAUUGCAAGAGGAAACUGAUUUAAUGAUGAAGAGAUUAGAGGCUGCCCAAAAAUUGAUUACCGGUUUGAGCUCUGAACAAGAAAGGUGGAAACGUGAACUUGGAGAGCUUUUCUCUGCAAAAGACCGUCUAAUAGGUGACUGUCUAGUGUGUUCGGCAUUUUUGGCAUAUUGCGGACCUUUCACUUUCGAAUACAGGAAAACUAUGAUGUAUGAUGACUGGAAAACGGAUAUUGUAAACAGACAAAUACCAUUGACACAGCCUUACAAAACCGAAGAUCAUUUGAAAACAGAUGUUGAGGUCAGCACUUGGAUAUCCGAACAUUUACCGCCUGAUGAAUUGUCUAUCCAAAACGGUAUAUUAACCUUACGGGGUUCUAGAUUUCCACUUUGCAUCGAUCCUCAACAGCAAGCCUUAAAUUGGAUUAAAAAAAGGGAGGAAAAGUUUAACCUAAAGAUACUAAGCUUCAAUGACUCCGACUUUGUAAAACAUCUGGAUAUAGCUAUAAAAUACGGUUCUCCAAUUUUGUUCCAAGAUGUCGAUGACUACAUAGAUCCAAUGGCCCAAAAUGUAAUUUUAAAGAACAUUAAAGUGCAAUCGGGGAGAGUUUUUGUUAUGUUGGGAGAUAAAGAAGUCGAUUGGGAUCCAAACUUUAGAUUAUACAUGACUACGAAAUUUGCCAAUCCAGCUCUUAAUCCCUCAGUAUUUGCUGUUGCUGUGGUUAUCAAUUAUACAGUCACUCUCUCAGGAUUGGAGGACCAACUACUUAGCGUAGUAGUUCGUAAUGAGCGACCGGAUUUAGAGGAACAACGAGAACACCUCAUAGCGGAAACUAGCACGAACAAAAGUCUUUUAUCGGAACUAGAAGAUUCUCUUUUAAGAGAACUUUCCACCACUACUGGUAAUAUGUUGGAUAACGUAGAGCUGGUAACCACCCUAGAAAAUACCAAGACAAGAGCAAUCGAAGUAAUGGAAAAAUUAGCACUGGCUAGCGAGACCUCUAAGGACAUCGAUAAGUUAAGAGAUGGAUAUAGAGCAGUAGCAAAAAGAGGUGCAGUGCUUUUCUUCGUUUUAUCAGACAUGGCUGGUGUCAAUGCUAUGUAUCAAUAUUCCUUGGAAUCGUAUUUAGAGGUGUUCGCUUCUUCGCUGAGGAAGGCUCUUCCCCAUACACUUUUGACAAAAAGACUGGAGAAUAUAAAAAACAUGUUAACAAAGAAUGUGUACGAUUACGGCUGUACUGGUAUUUUUGAAAAACACAAAUUACUUUACUCAUUCCAGAUGACUUCUAAAUUAGAACAGAGUGAAGAUAAGGUUAACCAAGCUGAAAUCGAUUUCUUCAUAAAGGGUACUGUGACUCUAGAAAGAACAGCCAGGGAAUGUCCUGCCCCAUGGAUCUCUGCGCAAAAUUGGGAAAACAUUGUGAGAUUAUCUGUAGACUUUCCAGAUUCAUUCUGGGAACUACCAUCACAACUUGAAAAAUUCAUGGAACAAUGGUAUACAUGGUACGACCACGAUAGUCCAGAAGAUGAAGAAUUUCCAUGCAAAUACAAAGAAAAACUGCCACAGUUUCAUAUUUUAAUGUUGCUCAGGUGCUUUCGAGUAGACCGAGUAUAUAGAGCUGUAGGAAAUUAUAUUACAAAUAUAAUGGGAGAAGAAUUUAUCAUGCCCCCCGUAAUAAGUCUGGAUAGUAUUUAUGAUCAAAGUAGUCCUUUAAUGCCAGUGUUAUUUAUUCUUAGCCCUGGCUCUGAUCCUACGGUAGAACUUAUGAAAUUAGGUGACAGAUGUGGCUUUGGAGGUGGAAAGUUCAGGUAUCUUUCGCUGGGUCAAGGUCAAGAAGAAACAGCGCUUUCACUUCUCGACAUUGCAAUAUCUAGAGGUCAAUGGCUCAUGUUUCAAAAUUGUCAUUUACUGCUUUCUUUUAUAAAAAGGCUAGAAAAACAGCUCGAAAAAAUUAGCAAACCCCAUCCUGACUUUAGAUUAUGGCUAACCACCGACCCAGUGGAUACGUUUCCCAUCGGAGUUUUACAGAGGUCGUUAAAGGUGGUCACGGAACCACCCAAUGGCCUGAAACUAAAUCUACGUAAUACCUUUACUAAAAUUCGAUCGAAGAUACUGGACCAAUGCUCGCAUCCAUCGUAUAAAUCCUUAGUGUAUGUCCUGGCGUUUUUCCAUGCAGUAGUUCAAGAACGGAGAAAGUAUGAUAAAAUUGGUUGGAAUAUUUGUUACGAUUUCAAUGAAUCUGAUUUUAAUGUAUGCGUUACAAUUUUAAACACAUACUUAACCAAAGUAGUCAAAGCUAAAGAUACCAAAAUACCUUGGAAUAGUUUGAAAUAUUUAAUUGGAGAGGUUAUGUACGGAGGAAGAGUUAUAGAUGAUUUCGAUAGGAGGAUUGUAAAAACUUAUAUGGAUGAAUAUAUGGGAGAUUUUCUAUUUGAUACAUUUCAACCAUUUCAUUUUUAUCACGAUCAUACUGUGGAUUAUACUGUCCCACCUGAUGGAACCAAAGAAGAAUAUAUUGCAUUUAUAGAUGAACUACCUCUUACCAACAGCCCUGAAGUGUUUGGUUUGCACGCAAAUGCUGAAAUAGGCUAUUACACGAAAGCUACUAAAGAAAUGUGGAAUAUUUUAAUUGAAUUACAACCUCAAACAUCAACAACUGGCGUUGGUAUUAGCAGGGAAGAAUUUAUAGAUAACGUUGCCCAAGAUAUCAUUAAAAAAAUACCUGAAGAAUAUGAAAUAUGGAAGGUGAGAAGAUAUUUUCAAAGAAUGAUGUCCCCAACAGUAGUAGUGCUUCUUCAAGAGCUAGAAAGAUUUAAUAAGCUUAUAGCUACAAUGCUAAAAACACUAGUUCAACUGCAUAAAGCCCUGUGCGGUGAAAUAGGCAUGGAUAGUGUAUUAGACAACGUGGCUUAUUCUUUAUUUAACGGACAGCUACCUACAUCAUGGAGAAGAUUAGCGCCGGCAACUUGCAAGAAUCUUUCCGGAUGGCUUGAACACUUUGAACAAAGACAACAACAGUAUUUUAAUUGGUCUACAACCGGUGAACCUACAGUACUCUGGAUAUCUGGUUUACACAUUCCUGAAACUUAUUUAGCUGCUUUGGUUCAAAUAUCUUGUCGAUUACAUAACUGGCCAUUGGAUAGAUCUACCUUGUAUACUUCUGUUACCGAACACGUAGAUCCAGCUGAUGUUGUUCUUCGACCCCAACAAGGAAAUUGCCUUGUCCACGGACUUUACCUGGAAGGAGCUUCCUGGGAUGUCGAAAACAAUUAUCUAAAACAAUCAGCACCCAAGGUAUUGAUCGAGAAGCUACCAGUUUUGGCAGUAGUCCCCAUCGAAGCCUACAGACUUAAGUUGCAGAAUACUUUCAGAACACCUGUCUAUACCACUUCCCAACGAAGAAACGCUAUGGGUGUAGGUUUAGUUUUCGAAGCUGACUUAAGAACCACUGACCAUAUUAGCCACUGGGUACUACAAGGAGUUUGUUUAACAUUAAACACAGACUGAUUUAGGUUUACAAUAUAUUUUUUACUUUUUUAUUUACAUAUUUGAAUACUAAUGUUAAAUAUUUGAAUAUUAACAAUAAAUCAAAAAUAAAUACAUAAAUGAUUAUAAAAUAAAA